AUGGCUUCAGAUAUUCCCAAAGUUGUCCCUUUAACAUGCCACGGACACUCGCGUCCCGUGCCGCAUAUCAGUUUUUCGUCAACAGUAGAGGACGACCAAUACUACCUUGUUUCUGCUUGCAAAGAUAACAACCCUAUGCUUCGAGAUGGUAUCACCGGCGAUUGGAUUGGCACUUUCCUAGGCCACAAGGGAGCGGUCUGGCAAGCUCGCCUCUCGACAGACGCCAACAUCGCCGCCACCGCUGCAGCGGACUUUUCUGCUAAGGUUUGGGACACUCACACCGGUGAAUGCCUACACACCCUGCAGCACGCCCACAUUGUCCGAGCAGUCGCCUUCCCCCUUCAACCCUCCCCGCAAGUCCUAGCCACCGGCGGCUACGAGAAGAAACUCCGCAUCUUCGACCUCACGCGCAGCGGCGGAAGCGGAAGCAACUCCUCCUCCCCAACAACAACGGCAUCAUCAAAUACCGCAACAGAGAACGGCGCGCAUCCAGCUACAAGCUACGAGAUCGGCCCAGGCGUCCACGGCGGCACAAUCAAAUCCAUCGUCUGGAACCGCGACUACAACAUCCUCACAACAGCCGCUGAUGACCGCAAGAUCCGGUGGUGGGAUCUCCGCUCCCGCCACCCGGUCGUCGAGUACGCUGUCGAGGGCAACAUCGGGAGCUGCGAGCUGAACACACUCGCCACACGGCCCAACGACCCUGGUAUUCUGACCGUCGCUGCUGGAAAGAGCGUCUACCUCUUUGACGGCUUGAACCCGGGCCGUUUACUCAAGAAGGUCGACUUUCGGUACGAGGUUGCCAGCGCUGCGGUGAAUAAUGAUACUGCGCGGUUGGUAACGGGUAGCGCUGAUGAUACCUGGGCGCGCGUCUAUGAUUUACACACGGAUGAAGAACUUGAAGUCCAAAAGGGCCACCAUGGACCGAUCUGGUCUGUCAGUUUCUCCCCCGACGGCAAGUUAUACGGCACAGGCAGCGAGGACGGCACAAUCAAGCUCUGGAAGGCGUGCCGAGAACCGUACGGUCUCUGGCGCUAA